AUGUCUUCAAAUUAUGAACCGGAGAAAGCAACGACAAGCAGCCAGAGCCAUGGCAUCUUCAACCAGAAUAUGGAGGAAACCUAUAUAUUUCGUUCAGUCGAAUCUACGGGUCUAUAUGGAAGAAGCGAGGUCACGCAGCUUUCCAGCUCACGUAGGUUGGAAGCCCAUCAAAUACUCGAAUCCUAUGGAAAUAACGACAAACACCUACCCGAUGUCGGGCAGAAUUGUCAGGACUGGGUUGUGGGUGCAUUGGGGUCACUCGAGCGUGCUAAUCUCGUACCUAAAGGAACAGCGGGGUAUUGGCGAGAACAAACAGGCAAAGGUCCCAUUAGCAUUGGGAAACAAAUGAUUGAAGAUGGGAAGCCAUGGAUCUCAAAUGUGAAAUCGACACAGAGAUUACCAGCAGAUGCAACGUAUGGAAAGACCGAAAAGGGCAGGCCCAUCGGCAAGCUAAAUCUCGACAACUUCGCCCAUCUUAGCGGUGUUGUCACGAAGCGAUAG